GCCCGCACGACUCGAUAUGGUCUAACUUAUGGGUGGCAUGCUGUCGUUGAAUCACGAAUUAUAUCAUAGUUGACUCGCGACAAAUCGAUUGCUUUGCCCGCACUGCAUAGCUCCUGCUGGAUUGGUUGUUUGCUCUUUCAUCUUGCAUUUGCAUGACAGGCGCGCUCGGUUUCUGGCUACUUGCCUCCAUGUUAGGCUUACGGUUUACGACUUAUACACUUAAUCAAUAAUAUGCCAGCGCGAACACUCUCCGCGAGGGAGGCGAACUUGAAAAUGGACGAAACUCUUUCAAUACUCAAUCCUAACCCUGCCCGGCUGGAAGGUCCGGGACUACUUCAUGAGCUUAUAUCUGGCCCCGAGACGUCUGGAAUUGCUUUGGAAUACUUGGGUGCCGAUGGAAAGACGACGAAGCUGUCAUACUCCGAUCUGCAUAGAGAAGCAGACUGGUUAGCCUUGCGAUUAUGCCAGGUAAGACAGCAAACCUCCGAGAAGGCCCCCAAGAUCGUACCUGUGUUUAUCCCGCAAUGUACGUUCCUGUACAUUUCGCAACUUGCCAUCUUGAAGUCAGGAGCAGCAUUCUGUCCCCUGAAUAUGGAUAUGCCAGAGGAGAGACUGAAGUUCAUAUUGAAAGACACCUCGGCCAAGAUCCUUCUCACAACAACAUCGAUGCGAUCCAAAUUACCAGUGCUUGAGGACAUACUGGUCAUCGAAGUAGACGAUGGUCAAUCAGAGCUGAAAAAUGACAUAAGACCACUCGAGAGUGCUCGAGACUCUGGACUGUAUCUCAGCACUUCCUCUCUCGCUUACAUCAUGUACACCUCAGGCAGCACUGGGCUUCCCAAGGCAGUCUGUCUCUCGCAUCAAGCAGUCACACAAUCUCUCUUGGCUCAUGACGAGUUCAUACCAGGUUUCUCGCGUUUCUUGCAAUUUGCAAGCCCGACUUUCGAUGUAAGCGUAUUCGAAAUUUUCUUCCCGUGGUAUCGCGGAUCAACUCUCGUUUCUGUCGAACGCGGUCGCCUACUCAGUGAUCUUCCAGGAACCAUCACUUCUUUGGAUAUAGACGCUGCCGAACUUACGCCGUCGGUGGCCGCCAGUCUGGUCCGUACAAGGGACAAUGUUCCCAAUCUACGGCUACUCCUAACGAUCGGCGAGAUGCUCAACCCGCAAGUCAUCCAGCAGUUUGGCGGCACUCUCGACGAUCCCGGGAUUCUUUAUGGCAUGUAUGGUCCGACGGAAGCUGCCAUUCAUUGCACUCUGCAGCCUGACUUCGCUGCCGAUCUGCCUGCUGGUAUCAUCGGUGUACCGCUGAGAACAGUCUCUUGUUUUAUUGUCAAGCCAGCAGAAUCAGACGAGCGCUCGAACGAGAUUGCGAUCCUACCUAUUGGCGAGAUAGGCGAACUCGCUGUCGGCGGCCAUCAGCUAGCAGAUGGCUACCUCAAUCGGGACAAACAGACUAAAGCGGCCUUUGUUAGUCAUCCAAAAUAUGGCAAUAUAUACCGCACAGGCGACAAAGCACGCCUUAUGCAUAACGGAACACUCGAAUGUCACGGACGUAUCUCCAGUGGUCAGGUCAAGCUUAGGGGUCAGCGCGUUGAAUUGGGAGAAAUCGAACAUGCCGCGUCAAAGGCUGCUGGGUGUCAUGCAGCAAUUGCAAGUGUUAUCUCCGGUCUUCUGAUUCUCUUCUGCAUUGGUGAUUCUGGUCAUGUCUCAGCUGGAAGCAUCAAGUCCGCUUGUCAAAAGUGGCUCCCAGCUUAUAUGCUACCGAGCGAGAUCAUUCUACUUGACGACUUCCCCUAUCUUCCAUCAGGCAAGGUUGACAAGAAGAAGCUGGAGCAGGACUACAGCUCAAGAACUGCAGGGCCUGAAGUGGAGUCUACCGAGAUCUCCGCGAGUGCCAGAUCCAUAGCCCGGAUCAUACAAGACAUACUAGGCGUUCCAAUCGAGUGGUCCACUGAUCUUGGUGCUGCGGGGCUGGACUCGCUGAAAGCGAUUCAGGUAGCUUCGGAGCUGCGUAAGCAGGGUCACGGUAAUGUAGGAGCCCUCGAAUUGCUCUCCGCCACAAAUGUGCUUGCUCUAGACCAGCUUGUGCUUGCCAGAAGCAGUGCUGACGGUACUGAUGAUAAUGAUGAUGGAGAAUGGCAAAGCAUUGUUGACGACCUAAGUUCAAUUGUUGAGAAAGAUCUUGCAUCGAAGAACGUCGUGAGCGACAUACAAUCCAUCGUGCCUUGCACACCGCUACAGGACGCUAUGCUGGUGGAGACAGCGAGACAGCCUCAAGCGUACUACAACGAGCUUCGACUCUCAAUCGCGUCUGACUUUAGGGUCGAACAAGUGCGAGAUGCUGUCUUCAUGUUGGCCGAGAAGCACGAAUCUCUCCGGUCCGGUUUCUGGGAAUCCGGUGUCUCUCACUGUUCUUACGCUCAGAUUACUUGGAAGCAUCUAGAUGACUCCCAAUUUGCGUCAGUCGACUCGUGGACGACCGAAAGUUCAACAUCAGGUCAAACUAUGCUUCUACGACCUCUCCACUUCCAAUGCAGGAAGUCCGACACUGGAUGUGAGAUUUUGAUCAACAUACAUCACGCUUUGUAUGACCACUGGUCAGUAGAGAUCAUCCUAGAAGAUCUGGCGAAUCUCCUGCGGCACGAAGAAUCGCCAGAUAGGCCCUCAUUCGGAGCCGUCAACAGGUUCUUCUGCCUUCACAAGAGAGGAGACCAAACAGCGCAUCAAGAGUUCUGGCACAAAUACCUGGUCGAUGCUACUACUGGACGUUUACCAAAUUUAUCACCUACGUCAGCGCCAUUUCAGCCUCUCCAAUACACCAAACAUAUCAUCGAUGUGAACGUGAACAAGCUACGGCAAGUCGCGCACUUAUACUCCUGCAGUCCUCAUGUCUUCUUCCAAGCCGCGUAUGCCAUACUCCUUGGAACCUACAUGGGUACAGAUGAUGUGCUUUUCGGCACUGUGUUCUCUGGAAGGACACUGCCUAUCAGCGACGUCGAGAGUGUAGUAGGACCUCUCUUGUCUACUCUUCCCUCUCGUGUUAACAUAGCAGAAAGUAGAAGAUUCAGUGACAUUCUGCGUCGCUUGCAAGGAGACAAUCGUGCAAUCAUGCAGCAUAGCACAAUGCCGCUCGCAGACAUCAACAAGGCUUGUGGUGCCGUUCCCGGAGAAGCCCUUUUUGACAGUAUCUUUGUCUGGCAAGAGACGGCUCGGUCCAGCCCCCAGGCUCACAAAUUGGUGAGCUUGGAGAGCGCUCGUGACUAUCUGGAAUUUAACCUGACCUUAGAACUCGAGCCCUCUCAGCAGGGCGUCGAAGUCAAGGUGACAUACCAAUCAAGCAUCUUACCGCCACGUCACGUGGAAGUAUUGUUGCAGCAGCUUGAUGCGCUGGUAAAGACCGCAGUAGCCCAACCUGACAUGUUACUUGAUGAGGUUAUAAGUCAUCUUCCGUUCUCGGUGCUGUCAGUCGCGAAUCCAAAUCCACAAUCCUAUUCAUACACUACUGGACUCGGAUCCGUUGUAGAAAGCCAAGCUUCAAACCAAGCCGACAGUCUGGCACUGGUCUUCGCUCACGACAUUCAAGAAGGAGACUCGAAACUCGAGAGUCUGACGUAUAGCGAGUUGAACGCUCGAGCGAAUCAGCUUGCGCAUUAUCUCAUCUCACAAGGCGCCAACCCCAACGAACUUAUAUGUGUCUGCAUGGAGAAGUCCGUAAAUUUGUAUGUGGCUAUUCUGGCUGCUGUGAAAGCAGGUUGUGGCUACUUGCCCUUGGUCCCCGACACACCUUCCGCUCGAAUUCGCCAAAUUCUUUUGGACGCAAAUGUUCAGAUCUGCUUGACCGACUCGUCAACGGCAUCUAAUAUUCCCGAGAGUGACGGCUGCGUUGUGGUUGAUGCUGAAGCCAAAGAUUUCUCAGACCAGGCACGCACAAACCCUGCCACAUCUUUCGAGCCCACAGACAUCGCGUACGCAGUCUUCACCAGUGGCACUACAGGAAAGCCCAAGGGAGUUCUGGUGACUCAAGAGAAUAUUCUUAGCAAUCUUGAGGUUCUAAGUCGUAUCUAUCCUGUUCCAGACGGGUCCAGGCUUCUCCAAGCAUGCAAUCAGGCAUUUGAUGUCAGUGUUUUUGAGAUCUUCUUUACUUGGUACACUGGCAUGUGCUUGUGCUCGGCUUCCAAGGAUGUUUUGUUCCGCGACAUUGAAGCCGCGAUCAACGAGCUUAGUGUAACCCAUCUCUCUUUGACCCCGACUGUGGCCGCCUUGACUACUCCUGCUCAUAUCCCGAAAGUACAGUUCAUUGUCACCGCUGGUGAAGCUGUCACGCCCUAUGUCCACAACGCAUGGGCCGACAACGGACUUUACCAAGGCUACGGUCCCUCAGAAACCACCAACAUUUGCACCGUCAAUCCGACCGUGAAUUCGAACCACGUCAUCAACAAUAUUGGGCCUCCUUUCGAAAACACCUCAGCCUUUGUGUUGAAACAGGACGCUAAAUUUGAGAUUGUCCCUCUUGGCGGCUUAGGUGAACUCUGUUUUGGUGGACAGCAGGUCUUCCGGGGCUAUCAAAACAUGCCUGAGCUUACUGAGAGUAAGAUCGUCGAUCAUCCGAAGUAUGGUCGCAUCUAUCGCAGUGGAGAUCUCGGUCGAUUAUUGCCUGAUGGCACCAUAUUGAUCCAAGGCCGUACUGACGACCAGAGAAAGAUUCGUGGUCAAAGAAUUGAGCUCGGUGAAAUCGCUGGUCGUCUACUGGAAGUCUCAGAAGUCCAAGAUUGUGCAGUCGAGGUCGUGAAACACGCAAACAAUGAACGGUUGAUGGCCUUCUGGAUUCCGAGAGCCUACUCUAAAGACGCAUACACAAUACUGCAGUCAGACGAUGCACUCACGAAAACUGUCUCGUCGAUUUUCGCGCAUCUCGCCGAUCAUUUACCUGUCUAUAUGAUUCCGGAUGCAUUAGUGCCGGUGUCAUCUAUACCACAGACCACGCAGGGCAAGAUCGACAGAAGACGACUGACUAGUGAUGGGUCACGUCUUAGUGUCGAAGAGUUGAAUUGGUGUUCUCGGAGUUUCCAGGAUGACGAUGAUGCCGUUGAGUUCUCUGCGACCGAGCAGCAACUGGUGGCCGCUCUUGUAGAGACUUUGCAGAUACCAUCGACGUCGGUUGGCCGUUCAACCUCUUUUUUUGCGCUGGGACUGGACUCGGUGUCCGCGAUUCGCUUUGCAACAAGACUGAGAACAGAUUAUGGUCAUAUGUUCGAUGUGUCUCAAAUUCUCAAGACCCCUACUAUUGCGAGGCUGGCCUCGCAGCUUCAAAAAGCGCAACUGAGUCAGCCAGACCACGUCAAGGGAAGUGCUUUGGUCGACUGCGAAGAUGCCAUUGCGUCGGAUAUUCGUGAUGGUGUGAUAGCCCAGCUUCGCGAGCUUGGCCGCAGCGUGAAACACGUCUUUCCUUGUACGCCACUACAGGAGGCUAUGCUCUCUUCCGAUGGCGCGUCGGAUCAGUCCUCAGCAUACAGGAACAAGACAUUGUUCGCCUUGCACGGUGAAGUCGACAAAAUCAGAUCUUGCUGGGAAAGCAUGAUCGAGAGACAUGAUAUUCUGAGAACAGUCUUCAUUGCUACUGAAAGCUCAAGAUUCCCUUUUGUUCAGGUCGUAAUGUCAAAAUGGAGCUUGCCGUGGGAAGAACAUGAAGCUACACAUCAAGAUCCGAAAGCAUUGCUUGACGACUUAGAACCCGACUCUCUGUCACCAGGGUCCGCGCCUCCAUGGAAGAUCCGAGUCUACAGAUCAAGGUCUAUCACCCACAUUAUUCUCGACAUGCAUCAUGCUCUCUACGAUGCAAAUGCGAUGUUCAACCUUCUGCUUGAAGUAGAGCAAACAUACAGAGAUCAAAAGCUUGCCGAUCCGAUCUCUUUCAAACCGUUUCUCGAUCGCAUGGUUUCUGGAAGUGUUGAAAAAGCGGAUCAAUAUUUCAAUGAUCAACUACAAGACUUUAUACCAAAACCGUUCAACAAGACAGAUUCCAGCCAUCAUAAGCAAAGCUUUGGCAUGAUCACUGGAGUUCUUGACUGCUCGCCAAAGUGGGUAGAGAGCUUCUUGGCAAGACACUCUACAACUAUGCUUAGUCUUGUUCAGGCUAUGUGGGCAAAGACAUUGGUAACAUCUCAAAACCACUCAGACGUUUGCUUUGGUAAUGUGGUCAGUGGACGUAGCGUGUCUGUCGACGGUAUAGAGUCUCUCGUGGCACCAUGCUUCAACACGGUUCCCACUCGUAUUGACUUGUCCAGAUACAAGAGCAAUCUUAGCCUUGUCAAAGCUCUCCAGGAGAGUAACAUCGAAGUUCUUCCGUACCAGCUCACGCCUCUGCGUCGUAUCCAGGCACAAGCGACAAAUGGACUACGAUUGUUCGAUUCACUCGUGCUCCUGCAGCAAGAUUCAGGAAGCCUUGACCCGACAAUCUGGAGCUUAGAAGGUGAAACAGGAGUCAUGGAUUUUCCUUGCAUCGUUGAGUUCGUGCCUGCGUGCGACUCAUACAGCCUUUCACUACAUUUCGACCGGAGUUAUCUUGAUGAUGAAGUCGCUUCCAGACUUCAUCAAGCGUGUUUGUCUGCAUUUUCCUCUUGCACAAGAUACCCUUCCAGCGAUGUUUCUGAUUUUAUCGAUUUCGACAAAGCUUUAGUGGCUGGUAGUUUGAAGCCAGACGAAAAGCAAAUGCGUUCUAUUGAGAGAGCCCAGCAAGAACGGCUGCAACAAUCGUGGCCCUCUGAUGAUGAAACCUGGUCGUCUGUUGAGUUGCAAAUCCGCGCUGCGUACUCUGCAAUUUCAUCCGCUUCUGAGGAUCGUAUUGGAAGAGACACGACUAUCUACAGGCUUGGAUUGGAUAGCAUCAGCGCGAUCCAGGUUGCAAGCAGGCUUCGCAAACAAGGUCUUUCGCUGCAAGCCAGCGACGUGAUUGAGUCUCCAUCAUGCUCAGCACUGGCAUCAGUGGUCCAGACACGAUCAGCAACUCCCGUGUUGAGCACGCCCGCAUUCGACCUUGACAACUUCGACCAAAACUAUCGCAUUUCUGGCUUGAAUAAUCACCAGAUUGCGACCGAAACAGUGUCUGCAGUACGGCCUUGCACUCCGGUGCAAAGUGGCAUGUUGAGUGAAUAUACACACUCUGAUGGCCACCGGUACUUUAAUCAUACAUUCUAUGCGGUAGAGGCAGAGAUCGAUCUGGACAGACUUCGACACGCAUGGUCAAUGGUCAUCGAGCGACAUGAAAUCUUGCGGACAGGGUUUACCAGCACAGAGGAUCACGAGCAUCCUUUUGUGAUGUUGACUUACAAGAAGGUCAGGGCCGAGAGUCUCGAAAUUCAGACUUCAUCUAAGGGGAGCAUGGCCUUGAUCGAAGACUGUGAGCAGAAGGCGCUUGGAUCUGUCAAGGAUAAUCUUCAUCUGCCUCCAUGGAGAUGGUGCUUACUUGAGGUUGAUGGUACUCAAUGCAUGCAAUUCUCUGCGCACCAUGCUAUCUUCGAUGCAGAGAGUCUUCGUUUGAUGACGAGAGAUCUCCAAAAGGCUCUUUCUGACGAGGAUGUGGUCGCAAGACAGUCGAUAGACAGCGCAAUAAGUCACAUCAUCUCUAGUAGUCGGGCUGAUCCGGAAGGACAACGAGACUUCUGGUCGCAAAAGCUGAGCGGUGCCCCCGCCACUCGUUUCCCCAACAUGACUCCCGUCAGAGUUUCGGACACAGAAGCGGUCAUCGUCAAGCGCGUUUUGGAGCUCCAGAGCAGCCACAUAGAGGCACGAUGCCGGGACCUCGGUGUCUCGGUGCAGUCCAUCGGUCAAGCAGCUUGGGCUAAGGUCUUGAGUGCAUACACUGGAGAGUCACAAGUGACUUUCGGAGUGGUACUUUCCGGCCGUACUGCUCCCGAGACGGCAGACGCCGCUUUCCCUUGUAUCACUACGCUUCCUGUUUCCAUCAACACUGACGUAGAUGACGGUCAACUUCUCGCAGAGUUAACCUCAUACAACGCCAGCGUUCAGAAGUAUCAGUUCACGCCUUUGACAAGCAUUCAAAAGUAUGCAGAGUUGCCGAGCGAAGCGCUAUUCGACUCACUCUUCGUAUACCAAAGACCUCUGAAAGACAAUGGUAAUGGCUCAUCUUGGAAGAUCGUUCGCGAGAAGGCUUCAGUCGAGCUUGCUGUCUCCAUCGAGAUGGAAGCACUCGGCCAAGACCAGAUAGGCUUCCGACUGACAGUCGAUCCUGCUCAGAUACCUCAAGAGCAAUGCAAGAUUAUGCUGCAGCAGAUGGAAAGUAUUAUCGCUUGCCUUUUGGGUACGCAAAGUUCACUUGACACCUCGACUCUAUCAAUCAUUCCUCCGAAAGAUCCUGUCAUCCCAACCGACUUUAAGUAUCUACACGAGAUGACUGAAGCGUCUGUUAGAGACCACCCGGAUCGCAUCGCAAUGGAGUUUGUGGAUAAUCUAGGUGAAGGGCAAGUCACUAGUCGACAGUGGACUUACCUCCAGCUGGACAACGAGGCCAACCAAAUUGCUCGUCUUUUGGUGGACUGUGGUACAAAGCCGGGGGACAUCGUCGCGACUUCGUUUGACAAGUGCCCAGAAGCAUCAUUCGCAUUCUACGGCAUCCUCAAAGCUGGGUGUGCUUUCUGCGCCAUCGACCCUACAGCUCCAGCUGCUCGCAAAGCUUUCAUCCUGCAAGACUCGAAUGCUCAAAUCUUACUGACAUCCAAGUCUAUCCGUGCAGAAUUAAAGGAUUUAACUGAUUGCAAAAUCAUCGAUCUCACCAACCUGAAAGGGAAGAGUUCUCCAUCAACAAAAACGUCUCCUGUCUCGAUAUCAGGUCUCUCUCCCUCAUCUGUCAGCUAUGUUCUGUACACUUCGGGAACAACAGGAACACCUAAAGGCUGUGAAAUUACUCACGACAAUGCCGUUCAGCUGAUCAUGGCUUUCAAACGUUUAUUCAAGGGUAGAUGGACCGACGAAUCUCGUUGGCUACAGUUCGCAUCGUAUCACUUCGAUGUCUCAGUCUUAGAGCAGUUCUGGACUUGGAUUGUUGGCAUGCGUUUAGUAUGUGCUCCUCGUGACCUCAUCUUAGAAGACAUCAUGGGCUUCCUCGAUACUAUGCAGAUCACUCAUCUGGAUCUCACUCCAUCCCUGGGCAGACUGCUUGAUCCUGCGCUGGUUCCUAGCUUACACAAGGGAGUCUUCAUCACUGGUGGAGAGUCACUCAAGCAGGACCAGAUCAACACAUGGGGAGAUAUCGGCUGUCUUUUCAACUUCUACGGCCCCACAGAAUGCACAAUCGGUGUCACUGUGUUCCCCUGUGUGCCUAACGAAGGAAAGCCGUCCAACAUCGGCUGGCAAUUUGAUAAUGUUGGCUGCUACGUAUUGGCCCCUGGCUCUCAGACUCCUGUACUGCGUGGUGCUGUUGGCGAGCUCUGCAUCUCCGGAACGCUUGUAGGCAAAGGCUACCUGAAUCGUCCUGAGCUUACUGCAGAUUGCUUCCCAUAUCUGGACGCCUUCGGUGAGCGAGUCUACCGCACCGGUGACCUAGUCCGACUUUUCCACGAUGGUUCUAUCGAUUUCCUGGGACGCAAAGACAAUCAAGUGAAGCUGAGGGGACAAAGACUCGAGAUUGACGAGAUUGAGGCGGUGAUCAAGCGUUGCCAAGACAUUCAGGACACCGUCUGUGUUGUCGCCAAACAUCCAAAACAGCAGAAAGAUCAGCUUAUUGCAUUCAUCGGCAUCCAUGAGUCUAGGAAGCAAGGCAAAUCAGAACUGUGUGCCGCGGAAUCGACCAUUCAUCUUUUACAAGCGGCCCGCGCAGCCUGUGAAGAGCACUUGCCUGGAUAUAUGGUGCCUACGCAUUUCCUACCCAUCCAGAGGAUUCCCUUGUCAGUAAACAACAAAGUUGAGGAGAAGCUCCUUCGUCAGCUCUACGCGGAGCUGUCUACCAAUGCUAUCCAGGCUUAUGCUGUGCAAGCCGAAACUCAAGAAUAUCUCGGAGCUGGAGAGCAAACGAUUGCUCGCGUCUUAGCAAAGCUGUUGAGAAUUGAAGAGAACGACCUGAAAUCUUCUUCAAAUAUCUUCACCUUGGGGCUGAACUCUAUCUCCGCUAUCCAAUUUUCCAGAAAGCUUAAAGCCAAUGGCUUCUCGAACGCGCAGGUGGCCACCAUCUUGAAGAACCCGACCAUCGCGAAGCUGGCAAAAGCACUUACUGUGUCGACCAGUACUUCCGAUGGCGAGGUAUUUGCUGCUAAACAAGUCAUUUUCGCGACUCGACAGAGGCAUCUUGGCACUGCUGCCCAUAUUUUACGUUGCAAGGUGGACGAUAUCGAGACGAUCGCACCCUGCACGCCUCUCCAGCAGGGCAUUAUUUCCCGGUCGCUUGCGAGUGAGACCGCACUCUACUUCAAUACAUUCCGAUACAGUGCUCAAGGUGUCGACCUAGGAAGACUCGAGAUUGCUUUCAACCAAGCGCAGGAGCGGACACAGAUCUUACGUACGUUCUUCAUCGAGACUGAUGACGGUUAUGUGCAAGUCGUACGGAAAACCGGCCACCUGCCCUGGUGGACGCUCGAAACCUACGAUCUAGCGUCUGUGGACAGUGUCUUUGCCAAACGCAAGCAGAAAUGGCGGUCAUACAAUACUCCUCACCUCACUGUGCCUUUUGAGAUUGUGGUUGUUCGCUCUGGUUCGGAAACCUUUGUAUCAGUCGACAUGCAUCACGCGUUUUAUGAUGGCAACUCUUUCGACAUGUUGAUGGACAAUGUUUUCCGGCUCUAUAAUUCCCAAGACGCUGACUUUGGCAAGUCAUUCGUUGACUGUUUACCCUUCGGUCCGCUACGUAACGUCCAAGGCGCCAAAUCAUUCUGGCUCAAUCACCUUUCGGAUGUUGCACCGACGUCGAUGCGCCCACUCACAGAUAGCGAGGCGAGUGGGGAUGUUCUUUGCACAGCCAGCCUUGAAGUGUUGAACCAGGCAGACGAGCUACGUCGCUCCCUUGGUGUGACUAUACAAGCAUUGGUCCAGGCAAGUUGGAUGGUCACUCUUCGGAAGUAUCACGCAGGCGCGGUCGGUACCGUUGUUUCUGGACGUUCCGUCGACUUUGACGGUAUCGAAAAGGUGAUCGGACCUCUGUUCAACACCAUUCCAUUCUACUUGAGAUUUCAGCCUGGAGAUUCAUGGCAGACACUCAUACAAAGAUGCCACGAUUUCAACACAACUGCUCUACCAUAUCAGCAUACGCCUUUGCGCGACAUCAUGAAGUGGUGUAACAAAGGACGUUCAGAGCCACUCUUCGAUACGCUGUUUGUAUAUCAGGGCACGAUCACAUACUCCGACGAAGAUGCCCCAAUUCUCAAGUCUCUUGAAGAUGGCCACUUUGAAGCCGAUUACCCGUUGUCUUUUGAAGCGGAAGAAGCAGCUGAUGGCAAACUAAGUGUCACUGUUGCUGCUAAAGCCUCAAUAUGUGAUAACAUUAAGGCUCGGGCAUUGAUUGAUGAAUUUUGUCAAGCAUUCUCAGCCAUGACAAAGUCCUCGGAAGCAGACGCCGGCGUUAGUAUUGGUCACAUAUUCAAACAUGGCACUGAGGUCGUCAACGGUAGGAACGUCAAUGAUCGACCAAAGAAUUUGACCGCUUUCGAUUGGACACCUGAGGCAUCUGUGAUCAGAUCGGAGAUGGCAUCUCUUGCUGGUGUAGGGGAGAAUGAAAUCGAUGAGAGCACUUCUAUUUUCGAAGUCGGUCUGGACAGCGUAGACGCCGUCAAGCUUUCUUCACGUCUCAAGAAGAAAGACAUGCCUUUGCCUGUCAGCACUAUCAUGCGUUCGCAGACAAUUGCUCGCAUGGUCUCGACUCUGUCAAGUACCAAGAGAGACACUCCGAAGAAGACGUCAGGGGACACAAUCCAGACCCUAGGAACCAAACUUGUCGCAUAUGCUCAUGAAAAGCUCGGCAGUGAUGUUUCUGUCGAACGCAUUCUACCAGCCAGCCCCAUGCAGGAGGCAUUGGUCUCAGAAAUGAUCAGAUCAUCGUACAACGCCUACUUCAACCACGAUGUGCUGAAGGUGCCCAAGAGUGUCGAUCUCAAAAAGCUUCAGAAGGCAUGGGAGACCGUCAUCGAAGCCUCACCUAUCCUCCGGACUGGCUUCCUUGAGAUCGAAGAUCCAGAUCUGAAUGCUACCUUCGCCCAAAUAAUCCACAAAGACAUAGGAAUACACAAAUCCGAGCUGGACGUCAUUGAGCUAUCUAAUGAAGAUGCCAUCAACGAGUAUCUGAAUCACAUUAGCUCCAGUGUAGCGUCAAGGGCUUCGGUCGAACCGCAGUUACGUUUGACAUGGGCGACUACUCCUGAGGACAGUUACCUUGUGUUCUCUAUUGCUCAUGCUCUCUACGACGGUCACAGCCUCUCCCUGCUACACCAAGACGUCCUCGCUGCUUACCGCAAUAAUUUUGAGCCACGCCCACCUUACGCCGACAUAUUGAGUGAGACAUUCUUCGGUACCGAUGAGGAGGCCAAAAAUUACUGGCGCAAUCUCUUGACUGAGGCGAAAAAGACCCAACUUCCACUGAGAGAAAGCACGGAGGCUUCGCAGUCAGUCAUUCAUCGCGUGGAAAAGACAAGUCAGUAUGCCGCAGAGAAUCUCUCGUUAUUCUGCAAACAGCAGGGAGUAACUCUGCAAGCCGUUUGCCAGACGGCAUGGGCUUUUGUUCUUGCUCAGAUGGUACAAUCGUUAGACGUCAUGUUUGGUGUUGUCUUGGCUGGUCGUGAUAGCGAACUUGCUGAAGAAGUUAUGUUCCCCAUGAUGAAUACAGUCAUCAUGCGAUCUGUCCUUCAUGGCUCGCGCAAGGAUGUGUUGCAGAGCAUACAAGCGACAAUCUCCGAUAUCACCCAUCAUCAACAUUUCUCUCUGCGUCAAAUUCAGGCUGCUUGUCAAGGACAAGUGGAAGCAUCACCAGGCCAAACAGAUGCUCUUUUUGACACGCUCUUCACCUUCCAAAGGCGACCAGGCUCAGCGGAGCCAGAAACUCAAACACUUUAUGAGUCUGUCAACGGCGCCUCUGCGGUCGAAUAUCCUGUGGCUGUUGAGGCUGAAAUCAUUGAUGGCUCAUUGAUUUGGCGAAUUGCUUGCAAGAGUAGCGCUUUCGACGAGCUUGGCGCGACUCAACUCCUUAAGACACUCGACGCUAUCUUGGGAAGAAUUGUUACAGAGCCUCAAGAUCCCACACUUGCCUUCAUGGGUCAAGAAGUCAGCAUAUGCGGUCUACCGGCAUUCCAGAAGCGAGCAGACACAGGCGCGAAGCAGACGGCAGGAACCGCAGACGAUAUCAUCGAGGACGAAAACGCCUGGUCUGACGCUGAGAUCAUUAUCCGGGAAAUCAUCGGCAAGGUGACCAAGACUCCAGAGGCGGAGAUAUCGAAGACAGUAUCUAUCCAGAACCUUGGUGUUGACUCCAUCAAUGCUAUCAAAAUCUCGGCCUUGCUACGUAAGCAGUCUAUCCGGGUGACAGUCAGCGAGAUUGUUCGCGCGGGUACCAUCGCCAAGAUUGCGGCAGUGGUGCAGAAAAAGCAGACGAGCAAGAUUGCCAAACCUAGUGGUGAUACUGCUAAGAUCAUAGCCAGUCUUAUGGCACAAAAGGGCUUCACGUCUGAUAAGUUCGGCUAUGAGGACCAAAAGGUAGAACAAGUUCUGCCAGCGACUGCGGGUCAAGUUUACAUGUUGGGCGCAUGGCAAGCGACGCAAGGUCAACUUUUCUAUGGAGAGUUUGAAUUUGUCACUACCGUUUCGACCCGCGUGAGCAGUAUCAAACAAGCAUGGGAAAAGCUUGUAUCUGACAAUACAGUACUACGCACGGUCUUCGUGGCAACUCAAGACAAGGAAAUACCGUUCUUGCAACUCGUGCCACGCGACGCUCCUGCUUCAUUCAUUGACCUGGAUAACGAAGAGGAGCUCUCACCUGAGCUGAAGCAACCAUUUGUCCGUCUGACAGCGCGGAAGGACAACAACAGCUACAAGUUGUGUCUGAAGAUUCACCAUGCGCUCUACGACGCUGUGAGCUUGUCAUUACUGAGUCAGACUCUGAGUAGCUACCUUGAAGGCUCUACUCAGGGUGUCAGCCCGAGUAUCACGUUUGCCGACUUCAUCACUCAACCUCUAGGCACAGCCGAGCAGGCGACGAAGAAGAAGUUCUGGACAAGCUAUCUACAGGAUACACAAUAUCCCCAUCUCGAGUCUGAUACCGCGUCAUUCUCUCGCCACAUCGAGGUCUACGAACCUCGUGCCAUGUCUAACAUAUCCGACGUCGAGAAGGCAUUGAGGAAACAAGGACUCAGCCUCCAAGCAGUCUUCUUUGCCGCGUACGCCAGGGCAUACAGCUACAACACAGAUCCUACUGCCGAAGACGUGGUCCUCGGCAUCUACCUGGCCAAUCGUUCGCACCUAGACGAUUUAUCUGCCCUUGCAGCACCGACACUGAAUCUCGUACCUUUACGCACCCGCACGCCUACAAAGACGUCGCUUGCGGAGCUUGCAAAGCAGAUACAGAAAGAUCUGCAAGCCAUCGGUACGCCUGAAAAUAGCAGUGUUGGGCUCUGGGAGAUUAAAGCAUGGACUGGGGUGACGGUGGAUACGUUUGUCAAUUUCGUAAAGGUGCCUGAUAACGAUAUGGACGCUGCCAAGAAACAAGCGAUCAUCAUGGAUAAAAAGGCAGAAGAGCAUCGGACUGAAAAGCGUAGUCAUGUUUCCGAUGCUACUGAAAGUGGAUUCCUCGUACCUAAGGAGCUGCAGCAUGAGGUAUUGGAAAAGACGUACAAGCGAUCAUUGGAUAUUGAGGCGACUGUCGCGGACGGCGCACUUGGUAUUGGUGUCUUUGGAUGGGAUGACAUGAUGGACCUAGAGCAAGCCGAAGGCUUGAUCGAAGAGCUCAAGAUCGAGAUUGAAGGAGUGCUCGAAGGUUAGAAAAUGCAAGCAAUCGUCAGGAGGGAAGUUGUUGGUGGUGGAGGCAAAAAAUUGUACAGUUGGAGGAGCAUAACUGAAGACUUGGGUGGAGAGGAAACCGGCGUUGAUUGCAAUUUGGUCGUUGUGUGGAGAAUCUAAUUUUAUGCAUGUUAUCGAUUUCAGAUACUUCUCGUGAACAGGGAGUGCGAUAUGUUGCCAAAAAGAGCUGAUAGCAAUUCCACAAGCACAGGUGUUGAUGGUCAGGGAGGCAGACCGUCGAAAGUCGUAAUAACAGGAAGAAGAAGCAGGGGCUUAGCGG